AGCGCGCGAUACUAGGCAGUGCUGUUCAGCCAUGUUGUGGUUUUGAAUGAGGAAGAAGCGGGAGAUGGUUUUGUUCAACGACUUUAUCUGUAUUUAAAGUCACCUUUAUACAAUGUAAACUAGUUUGUACGCGACUCAACAUGCUAGCCGUUUAUUCGAACCUGUUCGUUGCGACUUAUCGCGUUCCAGUAGGAAUUUAAAUACACUUGAAUUAAUUAGCCGUGCAGCUAACGGCGUCAGCUAGCACGCCGUGCUAACACGCAGAUAACUGGCUAACGGUCAGCUCGUGGUCAUAUAUUCAAAAAAGUAAAAUGAUGUACGUGAUGGCUGUUCGCGUUUCAGACAGCCUCAGUUAAUCCGCUUCAGUCGAAUGAAGGCGCAUGAGCCAAAUUCUCUGUGACCGCAUUGUCAGGUUGACUGAAAGCAGCCUCAGAGGUUCGUAAUCAACGGCACUCUCUGAAACUUUUUCAACCAUGUUGAAUAAAAUCUACGGAUGGAUAGGAACCAGCAUCGGCAACCUUCGCAACGGUGUAACACCUGCAGAUGAGGUGGCAGCAGCGGCAGAGCGGGCACCGGGAGAGGGACAGACGAGGAGGAAAAGACCGAUUGAAUGUUUGGAAGAUGGACAUAACAUGCAUCAAGAUGGCCUACUGAUGAAGAAAUCCAGAAUGGGAGACAUUAUUGACAGUGUCAAAGUUGCAGCUGAAGGUGUCAAGAACCACAGUUCUGUUGUUGCAACAUGGAUGAAAAAUACUGUCAGCCCAACCUUGAAAAAUAUACUCCCUGCCUCCCCUGGGCCACCACCUGAUGGAGUGUCACAGCCUGCAUCUGCAUCAACCUCAUCUGCAGCGGCAGCAGCCUGGACAGGGAGGCGGAAGACUGAAAGGAACACUCUGCAUUAUACAUUUGCUUCGCCUUCAACCACUUUGGAGUGGAAAACAUCCAAAUCAGACUUAUUGCGUAAUGAAAAGUCCAUUUUGGGGUCGAAAGUCUGCAGGCGACAAGUGUGCAUGAGUUCUACCCAUCGGGAGGUGCCAAAAACAAAUGGACAUUCACUUAACUUGCCAACUUUUGCUAGCCCUAAAUUGCACUCAUCUCCACGGUUGGGGCGGCCCUUAAACAUCCGACCAUGUGGAACACCAAGUGGACUAAGCACCACAAACAGCUCUUGCACUAGUGUUUAUGAGAAGACCUUUCCCAUCAAAGUGAUGCAGAGUCCAACACACAGCAACUCAUCUGGGCGCACAGAGACAGCCAGGCAUCACUGCACAGCACGGGAGUCCGUUCGCGAAGAGGAGAAGGAGGUUUACAGGCAGCUUCUGAGUAUGGUCUCUGGCGGACAGUCGUCUUUCCUUCGCUCCGGCAGCUCACAUGCCAUCGUGAGGUCACACAGAGAUUUCACCAGCUUCCUGACUACCAGCCGAAGACUCUUGCAACACUCGUCACCUCCUGGGUCGGCCGCCGAAGAAACCUCAGAGGGCACCAGUUGUCCACCCAGCCCACGAGGAGUGUCGAGUCAGAGUUCCAGCAACCUGCACAGUCCGGUGGGCAACUUCAACACACAGGGGAACCAGAUGUGGUCUGUAGAUACAGACGUCACCUUCAGCAGGGACACCUCUCCUCCAUCAGCUCUGCAGGAUAACUCCUCUCAGGACACACAGUCAUCAGCUCAUGAUGGAGAUUCUGUAAUUAUCAUAAGUGAGAAAAAGAACUUGAAGAAAGACAGUUCCAGUGUGCCAUGUUUCCAGGCUGAGUUAUGGAUCAAAGAAUUAACAAGUAUGUACGAUUCCCGAGCGAGAGAAAGACGGAGGCUGAUCGAAGAGCAGGAGGCUCUGGCUGCGCAGCUGCUGCGACAGCGUCUUUCUGAAGAGAGCCAGCUCAGCCCAGAUGUGGACGUUCGUAUCCGAGUUCCUUUGGAGAAGGAGGUUCCUCUGACCGCCUUAAUAGAAAAAAGAAAGGUUUUGGAAGAGAAACCAGAAUUCCCUGAACUAACACAGGAAAUGGAAGCAGACGUGAACCGGGUGUUGAAAGGAGGAAGUCCUCACGAGGUCAUGUGUGAAGGUUUUGGUCUUAGUCUGACACGAAAAGACCUGCAAACCCUCAGCAGCCUUAACUGGCUGAAUGAUGAAGUGAUCAACUUUUACAUGAACCUGCUGGUGGAGCGCAGCAAAGACGCCCAUUUGCCCUCAGUCAACACAUUCAACACAUUCUUUUAUCCCAAACUGCGCAGAAGCGGCUACUCUGCCGUCCGCCGGUGGACAAAGAAGAUGGACAUUUUUUCUAAAGACAUCCUCUUGGUUCCCGUCCACUUGGGGGUGCACUGGUGCCUAUCUGUUGUGGAUUUCCGGAAAAAGAAAGUCAUGUAUUUUGAUUCUAUGGGAGGAAGAAACGAAGGGGCGUGCGGCUUGUUGCUUGAAUAUCUGCAGGAGGAAAGUAAGGACAAAAAAGGCAAAAAUCUGGAUACCUCAGGAUGGACCCUGCACUGCAAAAAGCCCAACGAAAUCCCUCAGCAGAUGAACGGCAGCGACUGUGGAAUGUUCACAUGCAAGUAUGCAGAUUACAUCACCAAAGACAAGCCAAUCACAUUCACACAGAAACACAUGCCCUACUUCAGGAGAAGAAUGGUCUGGGAGAUUGUAAACCACAAGCUGUUGUGAUGUGGUGUGUUCCACCAGAGGAGAACUGUAAGGACACUGUAUUGUCAGUUGUACCGUUCUACAUCACCAGCUCUUCAGAUCAGGACACCAGCGCUGCCAUUCCCCGGUCUCCUGAAGACCAGUCAAGACCUCGGCCUACGGGUAAUUACAGAAGCAGCUCAGCACUGCCUCUCAGUCUUAAACUCUCUCCCUCUCUUUUUUUUCUAAGUUUAAGUUUCAUCAGCAUCAGAAACACUGUGGUCCGUGUUGACAGUCAAGAAGCUAAUUUUGGAAAAACCACGUCCACACUCUGAGCUGCAGCGUUUGUAAAGUGUGACCAAGUUUACAUGCUUUUGUCUUACAGUACAGGGAGAUGAGUGUUUUUUUGUUGCCGUUAGCAGUCAGUGUUUGUCACAACUGAACCUCAUCCAGAUAUGACUGCUCUUCAAAAAUAAAACAAAAUUAAAAGCACCAUGCCCAAAUUUCUUAUUUUUUUAUUUUUCAAUGUAGAACCAAGUCUUUAUUUUUACUCUCUGGCAACCUCAGUGUUACUGACCAGACAAAGUUAUUUUUCUAAAUUGAUCAAAAUGUAACGUUGCCUCAGAGGUUGAUUUAUAUGCUGACCAGAAUGUGGUCUCUGCCCUGACCUCUGACCUCUGGCCGUAUCAGAGUCCAAGUCGUAUUUGCAGUCUCUUAAGAGCAGGGUAAGAAAGAGUUUUUAUAAUUUUCUUAUUCAACUUUCCUAUUGGUCUUGAUACCAGAUGUAAAUUAAGGUCAAACAUCUAUUUUAUGUAUUUUGAGUUGAAGAAGAAAGUUUGGGCACAUUCAGUAUAUUUUGACUUUUGUACAUACUUUAAAAUGAUAUACAACCCUUGAACAGUGUAACAUACUUUUAUAUAUAUUCCUGUUUCCUAUCUAUUUUUAUCUAGAUCAUGUAUGUGUUAGAAAUAAAUUCUCAUGUUAUGUGA